GCAGCCUCGUUGUGGCGUGGGGCUGGCGGGGGAAGCGCGGCGCCGCCAUAUUGCGGGCAGUCGGUGUUUUCGGCGCCGAGCCGGGCGGUUCGGAGUUAAAGGGGAGGCCGAGGCUGGUUGUGCUUAUUGGGUGGGGGAGAGAAAGAGGAGAAAAAGGCAUAACCGGAGAAGAGAGGAGGAAGAACCGAACUAUAUACACAUACACGCACGUACAAAAAAUUGCAAAAAAAGCCCCUACCACCCCCCCCCCCAAAGCAAUUCCACCUGAAGAGAGAGCGAGAGAAAAAUAAAUUGGCGCUGGCAGCUUCUUAUGAGGAUGGAGUAUCGUGUGCUAUAAAGCAACAUGUCUUCAAGCGUAGCCUUAGUUGUCUUGACUUUUCACAGACCUUUCCCUCUGAUCUGCAAUAAUACCCCAUGAUAUGUGAAAAGUGUGAUUGAAGAGAGACCCUUCCCACUCUGAUUGCUAACACCGAAAGUAAUUGCUUGCCCUCAGCUGUUAGAACCACUCGAUAUCUGCUUCUGAACUGCCUCCAGUCUCCUCCAAUAAGACAUGGCAGGACCUGUGCCAAGCAGGGCCAGAGUUUACACUGAUGUGAAUACACACAAACCAAGAGAAUACUGGGAUUAUGAAUCUCAUGUGGUGGAAUGGGGAAAUCAAGAUGACUACCAGUUAGUUCGUAAAUUAGGUCGGGGGAAAUACAGUGAAGUGUUUGAAGCUAUUAACAUCACAAACAAUGAAAAAGUAGUUGUUAAAAUACUUAAGCCUGUAAAGAAGAAGAAAAUAAAGCGUGAAAUUAAAAUAUUGGAGAAUCUACGUGGCGGUCCAAAUAUUAUCACUCUCAUAGAUAUCGUCAAGGAUCCAGUGUCACGGACACCUGCUUUGGUUUUUGAACAUGUAAACAACACAGAUUUCAAGCAGCUGUACCAGACCUUAACAGAUUAUGAUAUAAGGUUCUACAUGUAUGAGAUUUUGAAGGCCCUGGAUUAUUGUCACAGUAUGGGAAUCAUGCACAGAGAUGUAAAACCACACAACGUUAUGAUCGACCAUGAGCACAGAAAGUUGCGGCUGAUAGAUUGGGGUCUGGCAGAAUUCUACCACCCUGGCCAGGAGUACAAUGUUCGAGUGGCCUCCAGGUACUUCAAGGGACCCGAACUACUUGUAGAUUAUCAGAUGUAUGAUUACAGUCUAGACAUGUGGAGUUUAGGUUGUAUGCUUGCUAGCAUGAUAUUCAGAAAAGAGCCAUUUUUCCAUGGCCAUGACAAUUAUGAUCAGUUGGUCAGAAUAGCUAAAGUGCUAGGCACAGAAGACCUAUAUGACUACAUUGACAAGUACAACAUUGAGCUGGACCCUCGGUUUAAUGACAUCCUGGGCAGACAUUCCCGUAAAAGAUGGGAACGCUUUGUCCACAGUGAGAAUCAGCAUCUUGUCAGUUCAGAAGCACUGGAUUUCUUGGAUAAGCUGCUACGAUAUGAUCAUCAAACACGCCUAACAGCAAGGGAAGCUAUGGAACAUCCAUAUUUUUACCCAAUUGUGAAAGACCAAUCCCGAAUGGGCUCCUGUGGUAACAUGCCAACAGGCAGCACUCCAAUCAGCUCAGCCAGUAUGAUGUCAGGGAUAUCUGCAAUGCCAACCUCUUCACCACUGGGACCCCUAGCUGGCUCGCCAGUCAUCUCUGCUACCAAUACCCUCGGGACGCCGGUUCCUGCCACUGCUGGGGCCCAGCCUUGAUGUCGCCCUCCUGACUACUUGUAACCCUGGCAACAGCCUGGUCACCCCUUUUCUGCCCCUCCCUUCCACCUCACUCCUCCUUGGAAGCACGGGGAACCAGCUGAGCUUGUCACGUCUGAGCAGUUGCUUAUGGAUUCUCUUCAGUUCAAUCAUUUUGAAAAGGAAAAAAAAUGGCUGAUUUUUACUUGAGAAAUUUUUCUUUUGUGUUUUGUAUGUUACAAACUUAGAGACAGUAUACCUCUUUUAGUCCUACCUAGGCCAUAUGUAAUGCCUCUGUCAAAAAUUGUUGCCUACACGAGAGCACUUGUUCAGUGUUACCACAUUUCUUCCCCCAAAGGUUUUUGAGUGAAGUUUGAGCAGACGAUGUCAAAUUCUGGAAGCAUUGUCUGCUGCCAUAACUUAGUAACUCGGAAAUAAUUUAUUUUGAAAUAAUCAGGUUUUUUUUUUCAUUCAAGUCUUUUUACCAGCAAUGCGAUUUGAAACUUUGCCAUCUAAAAUCCAAGUGGCCAGAAUUGGCUAUGCUAAGGGAGCUCAUCUCUGACCUGAAACACAUUGGAAACAUUAAAUACUGGAAGCACAACAUUAAAUUUAUACUGUGCUUUUCAAAGUACUCUGGUUAAACUGCUGUUAUUUAAGAGUAUCUUGAAAGCUAAUUUGUUCCUCUUUACUUUUUUUAAAACACAUUUCUUGCUUGGACAAACCAAGUGAACCAUGGGCUUUCCUCUCCUGUCUUUGUCCCAAGCACAGCACAUCAUAAAGUUACUUUGGAUAAUGCAACUGUUUUUGGAGUUUGAAUUGGUUUCAGACUCGUGGACUGAGAAGUUUUUAACAGCUUUGAGAAUGCUUCCACAAAAACAACAGGCAGCACGAAUAUCAUUAAUGCCACGUAUCGACCACUUUAUAUGCUCAUUUCCCAUUGAUUCUACUGUUUUUUUUCCAGUUGCCUUUUAUUUAAAGCAGUUAAAGGGAAGUGGGGACCCAUUGAAUCAGCAAAUGGGUUCAGCCUUUUUUGGUAGGGUGGGGAAGGAAAAUUUGUGGGUGUUUUUUUGUUUUAAGGAAAUUGUUUAGAAGCGAGGCUGCUGCUGGUGAUUAGUGAGAUGGCAGUUGAGUAAAUACUGUGUUUGACUACAUUUUAUUAAACAGGCCCUGGUUACACAUUCAUCAUCCAAUUAGGUGCAUUAUUUCUUCUUUCCACUGUGCAUUUUACCACAUGGUGUUUUCAUCUGCCUUUUCAGAUCCAUUGGGUCAGACUGAAUGAUUGGGCAAGCUCACUCAUGCACCUGGAUGCUAGAGUGAUGAGGCACUUUCUGUACCUCAGUGAGUGCUGGGGCUUAUUUGCAUUGUGCAUGUUUAUAUGCAGAAACUUGUGUUUAAUGCAGUGGCCAUACAUUACAAUGCUAUUACAGUGGUGGUACCCAUAUACAUAUUAGUAAAAAGCAGAGCAGUGUUGUUUGCUUUGUGAACAUCAGUGACCCCCAAACCAGUUCCAGUCAAGGAAAUAACAUUUUAGGAGGUAUGUAUGCAUUAUUUUGUUUUAUUCACCCAUUAAACUGGUUGUCCGUGAGCUGCUUGGAAAUGCAAAUUUGGAGUGGUGUCAGACUCUAAAAGCAGUGAUCAUUGGUACAUAUGUGAAAAUAGACAAAAGAUAUUUCCAGUCACUUGUUUUUUUUUGUGUGGCUCUUGUGUAUCCCUUGUUUGGGGAAUGGGUUGGGGGUGGUCAGUGUGCAUUUGUGGAUAAUCCAAUUUGGUUUCAAUAUGGGAACAAGAAACAGCUUCCUCUCGAUAUAUCAAAUUUUGUUGAGAUACUUGUCUCUUCUAAACACACCUCAUGUAAAUAAGCAGCGAAGAUCAUCACCAAUUCCUCUUACGGGACUUCAAUUUCAAAGAAAACUAAAAUGAAAGUUAUAGGAAGCACUGUGGUAUCUUAAUUUACUUUUGUGGGGUGUGAAUGAUCUAACGUAAUCAUUGGAGUAGUAUUUUGGCUUAAUAUACUGAAAUUAUUACUAAAAUGUUUUAGCAAUGCAAGUUAGCAGCCAUUUUGGAUAUUUGGCCCUAAUUUUGGUAUAUUCUUAGUAUUGCUCAUUUAGUUUGUUCUGAACAAAUUAUAAUGAAAUCCCCUGUCCCCAUAAUGAGUGCCACAAGUGUGUGUGAUGUUAACACUCGUGCUUUCCUUUCUAAACUCACAUUCCAUUGCUGCAGAUGGUUCAUUAGCACAAUGAUACUGCAAUGCAUUGUAUAUGUUACUGUUUUGCAGUAAAUAUUUGAAACCCCUCUCCUACCAGUAUAAUUUUAUAGCAUUUCUGGGCAUGGAGUAUCAGAACUCCACUAACUAGGUCCACGAUCUGCUUUUCAAACUGCAGUAACUUGUCUGAAUUUCGGACCUGUGCAAAACUUAAGACUUUUUAAUAAAAGUGGUAAAAUGCCCCAAGGAUCUUUUGUGGUACACUGCAUGUCAUAUGACUUGUAGUUUCAUUGGUCUGUCUUGGUUUGCAUUUAGCAACCUCAUUCUUAUAUACAUCCAUCUGUAAGAAGUCGACAUUUAGCAACGUGUUUGCAGCAAAAUAUCAACACCAUCGAUUGGUUGAAGAUGGAACUAACAAAAAAUUUGCUCAAAGGGUUAAAAUUUACACCAGUUGCAAUCCAGUCUUAAACAUUUUUUUACUGUUUGAUUUACUGCCUCCUUAAUACACUUGGAUAUCCAGUCCAUUCAGUACUGCACUUUGCUGAUUCUGUUGGAUACUGCUGAGCCUCCUGGCAAUGUCCGAUCAUAGAGAAUCAGAGGCGUGUGUCUCUUAAAGCUCAUGGAUCCACCUAGACCUUUGUGUGUAUGAAUUACUGGUCCUAUAGCUUCAGCCCUGAUGAUUAAAAUAGAAAUCAUAAAAAAACAUAUCUAUUGAAUUUCCGACCAAAACCAAAUGUGUUAGAAGGUUGUAGAUGUCAAUACAAAUCUGGCAAUGCCUCUCUUUUUGAAAACAAACCUAUGCCCAUGUAUAUUUACAUAAUUAAAUGGAGCUAAUUGUUAUCUUGCAGUCUUAGGAAUAACUAAUUUAGUUGUGAAAUGCAUUUAGACUUGAUAGGUAAUCUGUUUAAAGAAAAUAAAUUGCUAAAGUUGCAAGUCUCUGUUUUGUUUAAAAAUUAAUGAGUAAAACACAAUCUCAGUUUAACAAAAUUUCACCUGAACUCAUAAACUCUUGGUUUCAUUGUGAUCGAACUGAAUCAUCAAAUCUUUUGGCAAGACCAAUGCACAUAGAAAACUUAACCUCGGAGGCGUGAAAGAAAAUUGUCCACUUUUUGUUGGAUAUCUUCUACCCCAAAUUACUUGUGACCUACAUGUUUUUGAAAAUUUAAUCAAUGAAAUUAUUGAAUUUUUAAGUAAAAUUGUUGCAGUCAUUUGAUAAGGUUCAGAGUUGAUGUGUUUUUCUUCUAACUUUUUGAGCAGAGUGAUAAGGCACCUUUUGCAGGUUGGAGAUAUCUGCUCUGGUGCUUAUCACCUGUAAUAAUUAUUAUUACUACAGUUCUUCAGCCCCUCCUCUGACUCCAGAUGCAUUAUAUAUUGUAUUCCAGAGUUUCUCAGUGCAGUUGGGGGUGGUAAGGAAGGUAAUGAGCUUGGUAUUAGCAUUUUACAAUUGUGACUACUAUUGAAGCUAUAUAAUCUUGCCCUAAUCAGUGUUACUCUUUUGAGAAGAUAUCACAACGGCCUGAUCGAAGUCCCUCCCUUUAUUACUCAAGUCUCAUCCUCACUCUCCAUGCUCUUAACUUGACCAGAUUGGGAUCUGUUGUAAUAUUUCUGAAUGAUUGCAGUGUACUGAGCAUUCAUGACAAACUGACCACACAAAAUCUUACAAUGCAAUAAUGUGUCACUUUACUGGGACAAUGAAUGCCAAUAUAGUGCUGUGGCUCUUGUAACUCAGUCUUGCAAGAGCUAUAUCAGCCCGGGGGUUCGGGUGGACUGUUUGUUGUUAAAUUACUGUGUCAGGAUUUGUAACCAAUUCCAAGUAGAAGUAACUGGAUAAAAAAAGCAGAAAUUAUUUUGAAAAUUCUGAAUCUCUGUUGCGUUUAUAUACAAGUAGUUGUGAUUUGUAUUUUCCCCUCUGGGGUGUGUGCAAGCACUUUCAGUGGAUCACAAACUUCAGAUUUUUCAUCACUGCAUUGUUUCCCACGUGCCUGGGCUAUCGGGCAUCUGCAGGUUGACAAAAGGACAUAGAAUGUAAUCAUGAUUAUUGGAAUAAACCAUCAACGCAUUUGAGUAAAGCCCACAGAAGCUGCAUGAGGAGAUCAAGUCAUCGGAACUUUGCUACAGUAUUUGAGAGGAAAGAAACGUCUGUAAUAACAUUAACUGAAUGUUGUUUUAUCUGGUUACUGGAUAUAACAUUUAACUUUAUUUUGUAGAUUUAUUUUUACACACAUAGUUUGAGCACUGUAGAUAGCAAAAGAAAUAUUGCUUGAAGAUGUACUUUCUGAUUGACGUGCGCUUUCCUAUAACAAGCAACUGAGCGGACGGAAACUGGUUUGCAGCAACAGUGUAUCUUGGUUGGACUUCUGCCACUCGUUGCAGGAUUGCAAUGUUAACUGCAUCUGUAAAUUGCCUUUGUGUUCAGAAAAAAAUUGUGCUUCAGCACUUGCAUCAUAAUUAGAUUUUGAAGGUUAAAAGCCAAUAUUUUACAAUGCUGCUGAAUUCUAAUCUGUUUAAAAAUGCAAGAAAAUUCACUCGUAGAAGUAACCUGUUUUUAAAUGUUGGGAAUCUAAAGAAAACAGGUUGUAGUUUUAUUCUUGUUAAACUGAAAUUGAUAAAUAUGUGCUAGAGGGAAAACAUGAAAAUUGUGCCAUA